UGAGGUGUAGAUUCAUCUUGUAGUAUUUAAGUUUGAUGGUGCCCGUUAUUAGGUUACAGUUCAAGGAUUAUAAAAUCGCUGCACUCUACAGAAAAAUACGUAAAUAAAUAGUACAACACCACAACACUGGAUAGCUACGUUCCCAUGCCUCCACAGAUUGCUUUCAUAUCAGUGCAAAACCAAGCUAUACCAUUGAAAAUAUUUGUACAAGGGUAUUCCAAUCAUAGCACUUCCUCAGACAAGAAAUCACUAGCUAUAAAUUCCAAAUCACUAAUCACGCUCAAGAAUAAGUUCCAAGUGAGACUAUCGCAAGCUUAUAUAAACACCAAGGUUCUCCCCAUAAUACACGACAGGCUUGUUGAACUAGUAACCAGAAAAGACAAUGAUGAGUCAAGUUCUAGUCUGGGACAUUCUGGACACGUAUCCGUUGACGAGAAGGGGGUCAAGGUGGUAGUCCCAGUUAAAGUUCUCCAACUCAUACGACAUCGGCUAGGAAUAGAGUAUCAGAUGGAUCCGAAUAUCGAUAGACAUAGAGGUGACAUGCGGAUGCUUGUCAGACAGCUGGUAUUUGUUAUCCCAAGAGAGGACGAUGGGGAUACAAUAGAUAUUAACAGUGAUGAUAAGAAACGACAGAGAUAUAAAAUGAAGUCAAAGAUGAUAGUUGGGGAUUUGAGUGAUUGCAUUCGAGUAUAUAUGAGUGUAUAGACCACUGUAUUAUAUAUAUGUAAGUAUAUUGACUACUAUGUUUAUAUUAUU